AUGCAGACGCCAGUACAGUCCAUUAUUCACAGUGGCUACUUUCACCCAACACUCAGAUACUGGCAGACCUGUGCCACAGAUAUAAAAACAGAGAACCUCAUUUACCCAAUUUUCAUCACAGACAAUGUUGAUGCUGUGGAGCCUAUUAAGAGCCUACCUGGACAAGCCAGAUGUGGGGUGAACAAACUGGAAGGAAUGUUGCAGCCACUUGUCGAGAAUGGUUUGAAAUGUGUGCUGAUCUUUGGGGUGCCCGCGAAUAUAGCAAAGGACGACCGAGGGUCAGGGGCCGACACAGACGACACGCCCGCCGUGAUGGCCGUGAAGAAGAUCAGAUCCUUAUUCCCUGACCUGCUGGUGGCAUGCGACGUCUGCUUGUGUCCCUACACGUCGCAUGGCCAUUGUGGUAUCCUGAAUGAAGAUGGUUCGCUGAACAUCGAUGCUAGCUGUUUGAGACUGGCAGAAGUAGCACUAGCCUAUGCCAAAGCUGGUUGUCACAUAAUUGCUCCUUCUGAUAUGAUGGAUGGCAGAGUUGGGGCCAUAAAACAAGCGCUGCUUUCCAAUGGGUUGGGAAACAAGGUGUCAGUGCUAAGCUACAGUGCCAAGUUUGCCUCAUGUUACUAUGGCCCUUUCAGAGAUGCUGCACAAUCCAAGCCAGCUUUUGGGGACAGGCGCCGCUACCAACUCCCCCCUGGAGCAAGGGGGCUUGCUCACUGAAAUGAACGAGAUGUAAGAGAAGGCGCUGAUAUGCUCAUGGUGAAACCCGGUCUGCCAUAUUUGGACAUUGUCAGAGAAGUCAAGGACAAGUUCCCCACUCAUCCCCUUGCUGUUUAUAAUGUGUCGGGGGAGUUCGCCAUGAUGUGGCACGGAGCGCAAGCUGGAGCCUUUGACUUGCGAGCCGCUGUCAUGGAGGCCAUGACCGCCUUCCGCAGGGCAGGCGCUGACAUUAUCAUCACCUACUACACCCCUCAGUUGCUCAACUGGUUGAAAGAAUGAGGAAUGAAGAGCGAAAUCUCUGGAGAAAAGAUAGUGUCUCCUUUUAAGCUAGCAACCAAAAAUCAUCACUUGAAAAUGUCACAGCAACACGCUUGGGAAAAUUCACUACUUUGGGGGAUUUAUUUAAAGUCUGUUUUGGGAACACUGGGCAGUGCGUAACAGUAUGACAGCUUUUGUUAUUUAUAUUUUAAAAUUAUAUAAACAUAUGUAUAUUUUUGGUGGGGGCGGGGGGAUCCUAAAAUCCCAGAUUCAUAGCUAUAUCAACUAUUCACAAAACAUUUAAAUGUUCUCAUUUAGUUAAAACUUAAGGAUGGAUCGAAAAUGCACUACAAGCUCUAACUGGGAAACUUACGACCUCUCAACCUUACAUACCUCCAACUGUUGUGCAAAAAGUACUGCAACAUAGAAUAGUCCGAUAAAUUUGUGCGUUCAAAACUUCUGAAUGUCGGAUUAAGUUCACCUGUUAAGAUUAUAUCACAUUUUUGGUUCAUCUUGAAAGUUCGACCGGAAGCAAUGACUUUUUGUCAUUAGUGCAUGUGUGUUUCUGUACACUGUGAAUGUAGUAGCUAAAUAUAGCGUUGUUUUUUUUUUUUUUUUUUUUUUUAUGUUUUCUCAUGUACCUGAUGUUGACCCAUUUUGGUGACCACUAUCCCUUUGGACCAGAUAUUAAAAGGUUUAUUCAGAGGUCU